AUAAGAGAAGCUGUGAAAACGCGGCGGCCUCCCAGCAGCGCCAAGACUUUGGAUAUUGGAUGACGAUGAAUGGUGUUCCGGAGAGGACGCGAUUGUUCGCCUGUACCCACGCUGACUGUGGAGCGACUUUCCCAAGGGAGUGGAAGCUGAAAGAACACGAGACUAUGCACACCGGAGCACGCCCGUGUCUGUGCGCCAUCGCUGGAUGCGGCCGUAGCUUCAAGAGGAAAUGCCACCUGAGACGCCACUUGCUUCAGCACGAAGGGAAGAGGCAGUUCCAAUGCAAUAUUGAAGGUUGCGCAAAAGCUUUCUUCCUCGCACACAAGCUGAAGAGGCAUCUGCGCGUCGCUCAUGGAGAUAAAGAAAACAUUUUCGAGUGCAGCCAACCGAACUGCGCACUCAGCUUCAAGAAGCGCAGAAUGUUGAAGUUGCACUUACAGGAGCAUAAUGUGCCAGCAGCGUUCAAAUGUACUAAAGGUGGAUGUACUGCAACAUUCAACUCCCAUAUUGCCCGCAAAGCCCAUGAGAAGAAGCAUGCAGGUUAUCGCUGCCAUCAUGAUGGCUGCCAGGUUCUUGAACACACCUGGGGAAAACUUCUGAAACACAUGGCCAAACACCCAGGUACUUUUACCUGCUCGGUCUGCAAGAAGGUCUUUAAGAAAGCCGGUUCUCUGCGCAGACACAAACGAAGCCAUGCUUCCCACAAGCCCGUGCUCGUGUGUCCAAGAGAGAACUGCCAGGCCUAUUUCUCCACGACCUUUAACCUGGAGCACCACAUCCGCAAGGUGCACCUUCAGCUGCUGAAGUACAAGUGUUCCUUCCCCGACUGCCCUCGGAUGUUCGCCAUGAGGGAGAGUUUGCAAAGGCACCUUCUUCGCCAUGAUCCCACUGCCACCAUAAUAAUGAAACGGAAGAGGCCAAAGAAAACCUGGCAGAAGCGCCUGAAUGGAAACAGUCGGUCAUUCGUCGAGGAGAACCUGGGUCGCCUCUUCGCGCUUCGAAUGCGGAUUUCCAGACGUGCCAAAGUGGAAGCGGACCUCUCUGGCCUGUUCAACGAACGCAAGAUCCCUCACUAUGUGGACCCAGAAGUCAACCUACGGGACUUGUUUGGGAUCAAGCAGCCCCAUCCUUUUGAGGUCCUAGAAGCUGCACCAGUGAGAAGUUAAUGCACACAAUGACUGCAUUUUGUUUUGCUGGAUUAAUUGGGGCCCUUUUAUUUAGUUUAACUCUAAUUUUAUGACUUGAGGACAUGGAGAAAACUAAGUUUCUGAGUUUCUUGUACGCUGACCCAAUAAAAUAAGUUUGUUUAACCUAAAGCUGUUACUGACUUGGUAUUCUGUUGCAGGGUCUGCCCGUCUGCAACAAGUGAUCAGCUAUUCAUUGACCUUUAAUUGCGAUGCUAAGCAUCUUGUUUGCCCACUCAAACAGCUGCUGUCCUCCUGCAGCCCUUGUUCGCCUGCUUGGGCUGCAGAUUUUGGUUGGCGCUCAAUAGAAAUGAACAAAACUGCACAUGACUAAACGCUGAAUCACAGUAACUUUGUGGGUGGAUUGGAUUAGAACAAAGUCUGCAUAUUUGGCCAGAUGAAGGCUUUGAACGCAUCUGAGAAAAUGGCUCAACACUUUAAACAUGACUUGCUAGUUGGGACUUAAGUAAAAGUGGGUUAUUUUAGCUUUCCUGGUCAGUGACGUGGAUGUUCUCUGUAGCUGAAAUCUUCCAGGCAAAAUGAAAAGUAUCAGAAGCUGUAAAGUCGAGUUCAGAUUUGGGUUCAAAGAUAUUUUCUGUUUGUUUUGCAACUGGUUUAAAUUUGGCCUUUAGGAGUGAAGAUGUUUCUCGAAGCUUUAAAAUCGUAUCUGUAAUGACCUUUAGCAGGUGAAAAUAAUUUUUAUUCAUCAUUGUCUUUGAAUAAAUCAUUGUAAGUUUCUGUUGAAA